ACCACACCGUAGUUCAUCAAUUAAAGAACGACUUAAACUUUGUUAUUUUGAUUUGAAGAUAGCCUUUGGAGACCGUGACAUCUUUAAAUAAAAGUAUGGAAGGAAAAUUGGUUGUGCUAUGCUUUAUUCUUGCAUUUAGUCAGAUAAGCUAUGCAUUGGAAUGCUAUCAAAAGGGGAGUACCAACAAAACAGUUGGUGCUUGCCCUACAGGUACAAAUAGAUGUCUGGGAGCAAAGGUUGACGUUGUUGUAAAACAAGGCGGAAAGGAACAGGCUGUUGCAGAUGAAAGAUUUCAAUGCACUGAUAGUAAAACCUGUGCAUCCUUCUGCGAACAAGCAAAAGAAUAUGUAAAAAAGCAAGCUAAUGUGGAAUUUAAGAGUUGUAAGAGCUACUGUUGUGCAACCGAUAAAUGCAACAAAUCUGCAGAACAGAACCACGCAAGGUUUUUUGUUGCUAAUGUAAAGAUUGUUGGAUUUGUCUGUUUUCUUUCAUCAAUUUUGUUAAAGUACUUUUAAAGAAACUUUUUCUUAAUGUUAGUUUAGUUUUAUGACAUUGACCUAAAUAAAGCUGAAUGUACUUUGAAA